AGAAUAAUUUCUUAUUAUAAGUAACUGAAAUAAUAAAGAAAUAAAUUGAAUACAAAGACGAAAUGUAUAGAAAGCCAAUUAGUGCUUUAAAUGGCAAGGAGAACCAUUUGCAGGCGAUAAAACCGCUUCCUCCGCCACCACAGAAACAGCAUAAUUCGAAAAAUACUUUAAACGAAAAUAUGAAAGGCGUAUCCCCAAUUGCUAUGCCAAGACCAAUGCCUUCCAAUAGAGCUGGAAAUUUGUUAGGAGGUCUACCUGCUUCAAGAACAACUCAAGUUACAUCUACAGCUGUCACGCAGAAGAAAUUAUUAACAAACAACAAUUCUGUUCGCACAAUAACAGGACCUUUGGUAUCAUCGACCACGAAACACAUAAGCCAACAAGCCGUUGCACCUACAACUACAGUAUCCAUGACAAAACCUAGUGUCUCUGUCGUUUCAACUUCAUCUAGCAAUAAGGUUGCAAGUAAUCAAACAGAAAAAGAAAAAUCCAAUUUCGAACCAAAUGCAAACUCAACAGAAGUACCACCGAAAACAGUUACUAAAGUAGAAGACAAAGAUUCGAAAGAUGAAUCAAAUAAAGCUGAAAACGAAAAGACUGGUGAGUGUAACAAAAAGGAAAAGAAAUCGUGGUCAUUGAGCAAUUUCGAUAUUGGAAGACCACUUGGACGAGGCAAAUUCGGUAAUGUAUAUCUUGCACGCGAAAAAGAAUCAAAAUUUGUGGUUGCACUCAAAGUGUUAUUUAAAAAGCAGAUACACGAGUCAAACGUAGAACAUCAAGUAAGGCGGGAAAUUGAAAUACAAUCACAUUUAAGACACCCUCACAUACUGCGUUUAUACGGUUAUUUUCACGAUGAUGCACGCAUUUAUCUUAUAUUAGAAUACGCGCCCAAGGGAACACUUUUCAAAGAAUUACAAUCACAGCCAUUGAAACGCUUUAACGAACCGACCUCCGCAAUUUAUAUACGCUCUCUAGCAUCUGCAUUGCAGUAUCUGCAUGAGCGUGAUGUUAUACAUCGCGAUAUUAAGCCGGAAAAUUUAUUGUUGGGACAUAAAGGAGAUUUGAAAAUAGCAGAUUUUGGAUGGUCAGUGCACGAACCGAACUCCAUGCGCACAACAUUAUGCGGCACACUUGAUUAUUUGCCACCUGAAAUGGUGCAAGGCAAGCCACAUACUAAAAAUGUAGAUCUUUGGAGCUUAGGAGUUCUAUGUUACGAACUUAUUGUGGGCCGUGCGCCAUUUCUUGCUACUGACUAUGACGAGACAUAUAAAAAAAUCAUUAAAGUUGAUUACAAAUUACCGGAAUUUGUUUCACGUGCAGCAGCACAUUUUAUUUCUAAGCUUCUGGUGUUAAAUCCUCAACAACGCCUUCCGUUGGAUCAAGUAUUUCUACAUCCUUGGGUUGCCGCACACAUUAAAUAACAACUAUACAUACGACAUAAAUCAAUUUUUCAUAUUUAUUUAUAUCAUUUAACAUACAUAACGAAAGGAUAGCAAGUAUGAUAAUUUGGAAAUAUAAAAGUUUCUUAUUCUGAGAAAA